GUGCUGGAGACCUGCAGGACCUGCUCUUCUGCAGCUCGUGCGGGCAGCACUACCAUGGGGCGUGUCUGGACGUGAGUGUCACCCCUGAAGAGGGCCGGGUGGCAGUGCCCCGAGUGCAAAGUCUGUCUGACCUGCAGGAACCCGGGGGAGGACAGCAAGAUGCUGGUCUGUGACAUGUGCGAUAAAGGCUAUCACACCUUUUGUCUCCAGCCUACCAUGAAAUCCAUCCCCACCAACGGCUGGCGGUGCAAGAACUGUCGGGUGUGUUCUUUGUGUGGGGUCAGGCAGACGGGCCAGUGGGCCCACAAUAUCACACUGUGCGAGGGUUGCCACGGGCAACCAGAGGAGCCCGCCCCCGCCCUGCCAUGCCCACUGUGUGUGAGGGACCAGGGCCGCGGGGACGCCCCUAAGGACCUCCUCCUCACCUGCCACACAUGCAAGAGGUGGCUUCAUGGUGAGUGUGAGAUGCAGGCAGGGGGCAACUUGGACCUCCACCCACAGGCCGACUACAACUGCACCGUCUGUAAGCAGGUAGAGAGCGACAUGGUGGAAACCCCGGCCAGCCCCAUCCAGGAAUCCACAGAACCAGAACCAGAACCCACUAUGGAUGUCUUUAUGGCUGUGGUGGAGGAGGAGGUGUCCCUGGAGGAGGAGGCGCGUCCAAGCCCUCGGCUGGAGGAGGAGGAGGCGCGUCCAAGCCCUCGGCUGGAAGAGGAGGAGGAGGCGCGUCCAAGCCCUCGGCUGGAAGAGGAGGAGCAGGCACGUCCAAGCCCUCGGCUGGAGGAGGAGGAGGAGGAGGCGCGUCCAAGCCCUCGGCUGGAGGAGGAGGAGGAGGAGGCGCGUCCAAGCCCUCGGCUGGAGGAGGAGGCGCGUCCAAGCCCUCGGCUGGAGGAGGAGGCGCGUCCAAGCCCUCGGCUGGAGGAGGAGGAGGCGCGUCCAAGCCCUCGGCUGGAGGAGGAGGAGGCGCGUCCAAGCCCUCGGCUGGAGGAGGAGGAGGCGCGUCCAAGCCCUCGGCUGGAGGAGGAGGAGGCGCGUCCAAGCCCUCUGCUGGAGGAGGAGGAGGCGCGUCCAAGCCCUCUGCUGGAGGAGGAGGAGGCGCGUCCAAGCCCUCGGCUGGAGGAGGAGGAGGCGCGUCCAGGCCCUCGGCUGGAGGAGGAGGAGGCGCGUCCAGGCCCUCGGCUGGAGGAGGAGGAGGCGCGUCCAGGCCCUCGGCUGGAGGAGGAGGCGGCGCGUCCAGGCCCUCGGCUGGAGGAGGAGGAGGCGCGUCCAGGCCCUCGGCUGGAGGAGGAGGAGGCGCGUCCAGGCCCUCGGCUGGAGGAGGAGGAGGCGCGUCCAGGCCCUCGGCUGGAGGAGGCGCGUCCAGGCCCUCGGCUGGAGGAGGCGCGUCCAGGCCCUCGGCUGGAGGAGGAAGAGGCUCGUCCUGGCCCUCGGCUGGAGGAGGAGGAGGAGGCGCGUCCAGGCUCUCGGCUGGAGGAGGAGGAGGCGCGUCCAGGCUCUCGGCUGGAGGAGGAGGAGGCGCGUCCAGGCCCUCGGCUGGAGGAGGAGGAGGCGCGUCCAGGCCCUCGGCUGGAGGAGGAGGCGCGUCCAGGCCCUCGGCUGGAGGAGGAGGAGGCUCGUCCAGGCCCUCGGCUGGAGGAGGAGGAGGCGCGUCCAGGCCCUCGGCUGGAGGAGGAGGAGGAGGCGCGUCCUGGCCCUCGGCUGGAGGAGGAGGAGGAGGCGCGUCCAGGCAAUCGGCUGGAGGAGGAGGCGCGUCCAGGCCCUCUAAAGGAGCCUAAAGUGUCUCCAUCAGGUGUUGAACUGGCGCAGGAGAUUCAGGUGACCGUUACCCUGACGGAGGGCCGGGAGUCUCCACAGAGGUCUGGAACUCUAGCGGACGUGUCACCGCUUGCCUCCCAGAGUCCCGCCUCACCCGUGGACGAUUUCCAACAGGAACUGGAAAUAUCAGACUCUUUACAAACGGAAAAAGGUGCGGCGCCCGAGGAGGCUUUGCCCUGCGAUGUAGAGGGGGAGGAGACCAAAUCGGAGGACUCAAAAACUACUUUAGCCACACCCACCAAAGAAAUAUCUCAUGAGCUUUUGGAGGAGACUACUGAAGAGGCUCCUGUGGAGGAGGAGGAGCCUAUGGAAGUAGCACCUGUAGAAACAAAGCUUUUGGAAUUGGCUGCAAUGGAGACUAAUGUUGAGCAGAAUGUUAUGGAACCCAUGCAGGAGGUGCAGGAUGCAGUUGCAGAAAAGGAGGUUGAGGAGAAGUUGCAGGGGUUGGAGGAUGAGGAGUUGCCUCCAAUUGUUUUGGACGAGGGGGAAGUGUUGCUUCCAAAUGUAUUGCCCAUUGCAGAAGACACAAUCAGAGAAAAUGAGCUUAGUCCCAUGGCUGAACUUCCUGAAAUGGAGAGCCCCGUAGACAUGGAUACUACAGAAGAAAUGGAUAUCAUGCCCGCCAGCAACCGCAGCCUCUCGGACUUCAGCUCACCGAGUGGAGAGGACAAAGCCCCAAAGGCUUCCCCUGAAAUGUCCCCUGAGCUCUCGCUCAUGCCAAUCCAGCCCCUCUUCCCUACAGAGUCCUUCCCCAGGGAGGCCAGCCCUCCUUGGGUUCAGGUCCAAAUCCAGGCCCAGGCUGCUCCACCACAGACACAACCUCAUUCUGGAUAUAAUGCUUGUGUGCCUCCCACCACCACAACCUUUUUCCCCCUAACUCCCAAGAUUGGCAUGGGGAAGCCUGCCAUCUCCAAGAGGAAGUUCUCCCCUGGGAGACCAAGGGUGAAGCAGGGUCGUGGUUCGGGCUUCCCUGGAAGGCGGAGGCCCCGCGGGUCCAACCUAUCUGGGCGCGGGGGCCGCGGACGCUCUCGAGGACUCAAAGCCGACACCACCCUCGCCAUGACCCCUGGGGCCAGCUUUGUCGAGCAGCCGUACAUGGUGAAAGAAGAGGAGGAGAAUGCCAUGCACAACACUGUGGUCAUGUUCUCAACCUCAGACCACUUCACUCUCAGACAGGACAUGUGUGUGGUGUGUGGAAGUUUUGGCCAGGGGUCAGAGGGCAGGCUGCUGGCCUGCUCCCAGUGUGGCCAGUGUUACCACCCCUUCUGUGUCAACAUCAAGAUCACCCGGGUGGUGCUGAGUAAAGGCUGGCGCUGUCUGGAGUGCACGGUGUGCGAGGCGUGCGGCCAGGCCAGCGACCCAGGCCGCCUGCUGCUGUGUGACAACUGUGACAUCAGCUACCACACAUACUGCCUGGACCCGCCCCUGCAGACGGUGCCCAAGGGCAGCUGGAAGUGCAAGUGGUGUGUCUCCUGUACCCAGUGCGGUGCCACCUCCCCCGGCAUUAGGUGUGACUGGCAGAACAACUACACCCAGUGCGGCCCCUGUGCCAGCUUGGCAUCAUGUCCAAUGUGCAUGCGCAGCUACCAUGAGGACGAGCUCAUCGUGCAGUGCCGCCAGUGUGACAGGUGGAUCCAUGCCUGCUGCCAGGGCCUGGUCACAGAUGAGGAGGUGGAGAAUGCAGCGGAUGAUGGCUUUGACUGCACCAUGUGUCGAACACACGCUCUGCCUUCACAGGGCAAAGUGGAGGCCCUCCUAUCUGACGGCUGCGAGGCCCCGAUGGUGGCCCAGAUUGUGUCUAAAACGAGAGAGCCAGAAAUCCAGAAGACAUACACCCAGGAUGGGGUGUGUCUGACCGAGUCUGGCCUGUGCCAGCUGGAGAGCCUGACAGUGCCGUCCUCAACCCGCCGAGGGCAGAACAGGCGGCCCAAACCCAAGCUCAAGCUGAAGAUCAUCAACCAGAACAGCGUGGCUGUGCUCCAGACCCCACCGUACCCCCACUACUCAGAGCUGUCCCAGGACGGGGACGGGUACAUGGAUGAUCGCGGAGAAGGGGAUCUCCUGAUGGACUGUGACUUGAAGUCGGACUCCAGCCCGGAACGGGAGCCUGUCGACGACGACGCAAAGGGGGCCGACGGCAACAAGAAAAGGAAGAGGAAACCUUACCGGCCCGGUAUUGGAGGGUUUAUGGUCCGCCAGAGAAGCAGGACGGGACAAGGGAAAGCCAAGCGAUCCCUAUCCAGGAAAUACUCAACAGGAUUGUUACCUGAGAACCCAAUGUGCAAAGAAGAAGGGUGGAACAAGACGGAGAGUACUCAAGCGGAGGAGACCCCACCUGUGUCUGAAUGUCUGGAGAAGGUCAAGAAAAGAUACCGCAAAAAGAGAACCAAACUGGAAGAGGAGUUCCCUUCGUACCUGCAGGAGGCUUUCUUUGGAAAGGAGCUGCUGGACAAGAGCAAGCAGAGCAGGCAGGCGGGCCUGGUGACCACAGGGCUCUGUGAGGAGAUCUCAGGGGCCCAUGCAGAGACCAAACCCCGCAGCGUCAACGCCAGUUUUCUGGACACCUCCUCAGACCCGCUGCUCAGCGCUACCUCGACCACCAUACCCAUCUCCAGCAAAGGAGGAGGACUGUCCAAUUCCGAGGAUCCCUUAGUGGACCUUCCGGAAGUCCUGAGCACGGAUGCAGAUCUCCUGGGAAUGCUGUCGGGUGAUCUGGUGAAGCAGGGGAAUGACUCAGGUCUUGAUUUAUGCCCUUUCCAGGUCGACAGCCCUCCUUCUCCUUUUGCUGGUCUGGACAUGGCCCCCAUCUCUGAUGAUCCCAUUGGGUCCUGUCAGGGCUCUGCAGGCCGGGGGCCCAGGGCUCUACAGGAGGAGCCUCUGGAUGUCAUCCUGAGCCCAGAACUGGACAAGAUGGUCACAGAUGGUGCAAUUCUCAGUAAACUCUACAAAAUCCCAGAGCUGGAGGGGAAGGAUGUGGAAGACCUCUUCACAGCGGUCCUUAGUCCCAGCACCAGCCAGCCUCCACAGCUGUCUCACCCUGGGGCCAGUGGACCUGGAGCCAUGGCCCUUCCAAACCCAGGCGACGGUGGGAUGUUCCCCCGGAUGCCAAUGAUAAACGGCAUGAUGGGGCCCAACCCCCAUUUUCCUCCAACUCCCAUGAUGCCCGGCGGCACAGGCUCCUAUGGCCCCAGCAACUUCUCGCCCAUCCACAGAAUGCCUUUCCAAGAGAAUAUGAGGGACAAGAAGUUUAGCCAGAUGGGGGGUGAUGUAGUGGUUCCAUGGAGCGCGCCCGUCCCCGGCCCCCUUUCAGAGGGAGAGACAGACACCAUGUCCAACGCACAGAGGAGCACGCUCAAGUGGGAGAAGGAGGAGACUCUGGGCGAGAUGGCCACUGUGGCCCCAGUCCUUUACACCAACGUCAACUUUCCCAACCUCCUAGGGGAGUUCCCAGACUGGGCUAUGAGAGUGAAACAAAUCGCAAAAUUAUGGAGGAAAGCCAGUUCCCAGGACAGGGCCCCAUAUGUGCAAAAGGCACGUGAUAACCGGGCAGCGCUGCGUAUUAACAAAGUUCAGAUGUCCAACGAUACACUGAAGAGACACCAGAAUCCUCACCAGCAGCCGUUGACUGACCCCUUUGACUCCAAUAGUGUCCCAAUGGACGCUGAGCUGCUCUUCAAAGAUACUCUCAAGCCCAAGGAGUCUGAGCACGAGCAGGAGUGGAAGUUCAGACAGGGAGAGUUAAAUCAGAUGUGGGGACCGCUUAAGACGCAGCAGGAAAAGGUCCCAAAAAGCAAAGCCAUAAAAUCAACAAAUAAAGAUGUCCUUUUUGGACAUUCCAACCAGGCAACUAUAGCUGCAGGAGGUGGAAAAAUGUCUCUGCAAAUGAGACAAAAGAGCAAGCAGCAGGCGAAGAUCGAAGCUACUCAAAAGCUGGAGCAGGUUAAAAAUGAGCAGCAACAACUCCAGCAGCAGCAACAACAACAGCUGUUUAGCAGUCAGUCAUGUGGAGAUACAACACCUAAUAGUGGGAACCAGAGCCCCAUGACACCUCAGCCCAGCAAUGGUGGAAAGUCUGGAAACUCAUCCCCUCUGCAGCCAAUAGUGUCUAAGGAUGGCUUCGCAAGACCCCAACUUCCAGUCACGCCCUCCUCCGGGUCACAGGAUGACGUGUUCCUCAGACCACAGCUCCUACCUCCGUCGUCGAGGACACCCACCCAGGAGACCUCGUACCCGCAGCAUGGACCAUCCUCCGAGCCCCAGUCACCACAGAUGUACUCCCCGAGUUCCUCCUCAGGCUCCCGGCCAUCCUCACCUUGGGACCCCUAUGCCAAGAUUGUGGGAACCCCGAGACCGCCCCCUGGGGAUGGUGGAUCCACCACGCCCCAGCAGAACUCUCUGUCAGAGAUGCAGGAAAGGGGAGGGAGGCCUUCCCCAGCACACGAGUCCUUUGGCUCGCCCACGUCUGGUAAUGCUGACCCUUAUGCUAAGAUGCCAGAUACCCCCAGGCCACCUGACUCGUUUGUGAAACCCAUGGGACCCGCCAGGGUGGGCCCUUCAGGACUCGUUGAGCAGCAGCAAAAGCAGCAGGUCAGGCACAUGAUGAGCCCUCCCUCUGGAGGAGAGGCUUUUGCCAGGAUAGGGGGCCACCGAGCUGAGGUCUACCAGCGCAUGUCUCACAACCGCAUGAUCCUCUCGGACCCCUACUCCAGGCCCUUGCUCACUCCCAUCCCCGGCAGCAAUGAGUCGGGCUCUGUGCCGGUGUUCAAAGCCCCCAUGCCUCCCCAGCAGUCCCAGCAAGAGCCCUACGGUGGCCCUAUGCCUGGGGUACUUAGACGAGGGCCAUCUAAUGGCUUUCCCCAAGGACCACAGGCCGACCCCUAUGCCCAGCAGCCCCUCACCACCCGUUCGCCCAUGGGGGAAGGGUUCCCCAACGAGCCCAGGAUGAUGCGCCAAUCCCAGGAGGGCCAUUUCUCUCAACCCAUGCCAAUGAUGAGACACCCUCACAGAAACUCAUACGCCCAAGCUCCAUCCACCCCGAGACCAGAUUAUUCCCAGCAGAUGCCUGACCCUUACGCCCAACCGCCAGGCACCCCCAGACCUCACUCUGAUGGCCAUGCCCAACCUCCCGGGACCCCAAGGCCACACUCAGAUCCUUCAUACCUGCAGAAGCCACCUAGCCUUCAUCUAGACCAGUUUCCCCAGCAGCACCCAGCCAAUCGCAGACAGUCUCCAUCUCACUCCACUGAUCCUUAUGCCUCCAUGCCAGGUACCCCCAGACCAGCCCAAGGGGAUAGAUUUCCCAAAUCCCCUGCUAGUCAAAGGAACAUGGACCCCUAUGCCCAACAACCUGGUACCCAUCGGCCCUCCAAUGCCAUUCUAUACGCACAGCCCCCUGGAACCCCAAGACCACUCCUCACCGACCCUUACUCCCAAGCUUCAGGGACGCCCCGACCAGGAGCUGGUCCUGACGCCUUCAAUCGACUAGGCUCCAGACCGAUACCCAUGUCCCAAAUCCCAGCUGACCCCUUCUCCCACCAGUCUCCGGGCAGGAUACAGGACACGUUUGCCCAUCCAAGUGCCCCAGGCUUUCAGAUAUCGAAGCACCCGGAAAUGUCAGACGAAAGUUUCUCUCUGCCCCAGUCGAAUCAUCACGGUGGUCAAACGCCGAUUCACGACCCCUUUGAACAGGGUCCAAUGAAACCUUGUGUUCAAGCUUCAGAAAGGCCAGCCCAUGAUAUCCCCCAGUUGAGCAACACUGUUGCUGCUCAGAACAGCAUGCAGCCACACCUGGGAGACACUGAGGAGAAGCUCAGACAGCGCCAGAGACUGCGACAGCUAAUCCUGAGGCAGCAGCAACAGAAGACGGCCAUCCGACAAGAGAAGGGACUACUACAGGAAGCUGGUGGAGCUACUGGUGCGGUGACCCGUCACUGGUCACAAGAAGAUCCCACCCCUCAGAGCCACAUGUUUGGCAGACCACCACCCCCUUACCCAGGACCCAUGAGGGGCGGCCCCCAAGUUCUCAGGGGUCAAAGGUUCCCUGGUACCUUCCUAGGGGACCAGCGAGGACCCUUCCCCAACGAGGGACAGUUUGCCAUACCCGACUUCCCCAGGGACAUGGACAACAUGGGCUUGAGGCCCCAAGGAAUGAGGUUUGGAUUUCCCUCCGGCCAGGAGCAACAUUUCCUCAGACCCCCUCAGCAGAUGCCCGGCGGGCCCAUGAUCGAUAACAUUCCACCCCAGAUGAGAAGGUCCCUCUCGGUGGACUUUUCCAGGAGGGGCAACCCCCUGACAGGACUCCCCCAGGACUUCCCUCCACGGGGCCUUACCGUCCAGCAGCACAAUAUCAUGGGUCAGCCGUUCAUUGAGCUCCGCCACAGGGCCCCUGAGAACCAGAUCAAGAACCCCUUUGGGCAUGGACCUCCCGACGUCAUGGAUCCCUCCAACCACACCCAGAGACCACCCCAGUGCUUCAUGGGAGGCCAGGAGAUUGGCUUUGCCAGGAACCAGGGACCAAGAACGAUGGCUCCCAUGAUGAGCAGACCUUCCCAGGGAUCGGUUGGCCAAAUGCAGAUGUUGGCUAGUAUGGAGAACCUGCACCAGCAGCAGACUGAAGUGCAGAUGACCACUGAACAACAACAGCAUCCUCCACUGAAUAGGUCCCUCAGCCACCCUGUCACUAGUGAGUUACUCAAUGCAGAGCCAUCAGGUGUGCUCUUGCCUGGGUCUAGCACCGGUCAAACGGAGGAGACUCAGAUACCCAGUGGAGACGGAAUCGACGAAAACCUGGACGCUGACGACUCUGCAGUGAAGGACCUCGAAGACGUGGAGGUCAAAGACCUGGUUGACCUGAACCUGAACCUCGACCCGGAUGAUGGCAAAGACCUGGACCUGGGAUCCAAUGACCUGCACCUCGACGACUUCCUCAUGUCUGGGAAGUUUGACCUCAUCGCCUACACGGAUCCUGAGCUCAACCUGGAAGACAAGAAAGACAUGUUCAGUGAAGAUCUUGACCUGGGUGACCCCAUGGAGGAACACCAACAGGGAGAGACCUCGGACCUCCAGAAAGCCCUGUCGGAGAAGAGGAACGCCAGCGGAGACUGCGCAGCCACUUCGUCCCAGUCCGUAGGGAAAUCCGUCAAAUCAGACGGCCAAAUCAGACGGGAGGCCAACAAAUCGAAAGAGACUUUGGACAUAGUCAAAAUAGAGGAAGCAAUCAAAACGGAGGUCAAAGAUGGACACAUGAAAAACCAGGACCAGCCACUCUGCAGUGGCCGGAUGAAUGACAACAGAACCAUGACUAACCAAGAGGGCGCAGGGCUGUAUGAGCAGCCUGGACAUACAGUCUCGGCUCCGGUCCUCUCCAACCUUCUGGUCAAAGAGAAACUGGAAAACAUUGGGUUAGUCCCAACCGGCUCUCCUCAUCAAGGGAACAUAGCUGCCCAGCCGAACCAGGCCACUGGGCUACACCCAAACACAGGCAUGCAACAUGCCCAAGACAACAACAGGCUCAAUCCCAGCGUGGCUAUGGGACAUCGGGUGAACCCUGCGUUGGUUCAGAGCAGGCUUUCAAUAGGAAACCCAAACCACAUCCUAGGGGGGAACCACAGUUUCGGGGCCUCAGUAAACCAGCAGGUGGAGCUAAACCUAGCCAUGGUGGGAGCCAGUCAGCAGCCCACUGCCCAUGGCCUGAACCUCCAGGGCCAGCAAGGCUCCUCGCUGGGGCAGGCCGGCCCACAAAACAGGCCUCUGCUGCUGGACGAGCAGCCCCUCCUACUGCAGGACCUGCUGGACCAGGAGAGGCAAGAGCAGCAGCAGCAGAGGCAGAUGCAGGCAAUGAUCCAACAGCGCUCCAGCGACUCCUUCUUCCCCAACAUAGCAGAUUUUGAUGCCGUCACAGACCCGAUCAUGAAGGCUAAGAUGGUAGCCCUGAAGGGAAUCAAUAAAGUCAUGGCUCAGAACAGCAUGGGAAUGCCCUCAAUAGUCAUUAACAGCAAUGAUCCUCUCAGAAUUCAGCAUACGCCAGGAGCCCAUGGACCAGAUGCUGCUGACACUCUGCCUCCACAUGUGUUUGGACAGGACGGGAAGUUGGCUCCACAGAUGGCGAGACCGAACCCCCCAAAUUUUCAACCUGGAUUUGUCAACGAUGGCAAGAGGAAGCAGUACGAGGAGUGGCUCAAGGAGACCCAACAGCUCCUGCAGAUGCAGCAGAAGUUUCUGGAAGACCAGAUUGGGGCCCACAGGAAAUCCAAGAAAGCCCUGUCAGCCAAACAGCGGACGGCCAAGAAGGCUGGCCGUGAGUUCCCUAAGGAGGACGUCGAGCAGCUGAAGCAUGUGACAGAGCAGCAGAAUGUGGUGCAGAAACAGUUGGAGCAGAUUCGGAAACAGCAGAAAGACCAUGCAGAGCUGAUAGAGGAGUACCGUGUCAAGCAGCAACAGCUAAGUCUACAGGCUCCUAUGAUGCCAGGGAUGCCAGCUCAUGCUGCCCCUAUAAUGCCCAGGGGGCCCCCUUUGGGCCAGCCCAUGAUGGAGCCCAUGAUGACAAUGCAGCCCCACCCCAGCCAGCCUAACCUUGCCCGCAUGCCCAACGUGCCAGGGUGGCACCCUGGGGGAGCCCCAGGACUGAUGGGAGGCCCGGGUCCAAGAAUUCCAGCUCAGAUGCCCCCCGCCAGCCCUGCCCAGUUGCACCAGCCCGAGUUACCACCCCAGACCCAACUUCCGCCUCAAUCAGCCUCAAUGGUGCCCGGCGUAAAAGCCACACCUGCAGGCAAAGGAGCAGGAACCCAGGGAGCCAGCGGAGGUAACGGUGGAAGUGGCAGUAAUAGCCUUGCUGUGAAAUUUGAUGAUAACAAUCCAUUCAGCGAGGGCUUCCAGGAGCGCGAGAGGCGGGACCGCAUGAGGGAGCAGCAGGAGAGACAGCGGGUUCAGCUGAUGCAGGAGGUAGACAGGCACCGGGCCAUGCAGCAGCGGCUGGAGAUGGAGCAGCAAGGCCUGGGUAUGGGUCCCGCUGGGCUCCCACACGGCCCCGGAGCUACUAACCCCAGUGGGGAUAGCCUGGCCCACAUGCCAUUCUACAAUACUGAUCUGCCCCAAGACUUCAUGCAGCCCUCUAGACCUCAACAACAAGCACCACCACAGCAGGGGCAGCUAGGGCCCAUGUUCCCCCAGCAGGGCAACGGGGCCUUCAUGCUGGGGGACGAGUGCAGGCCUAUGCCCAAGACUGGGGCUUUUGGUGGUCCCGAGAUGGGUCCCAAUUUCUGUCCCAAAAACCCCAUGCUGCAGGGGCUCAACUUCCCCUCGGGACUGCCCCGCCCCGCCAGAUUCAGAGGCCCUGGGAUGAUGCCCCAGAGUGGGGGCCGAGGCGAGGGACAGGGACUUCCGUUCGGAAUGGACUCAUCCACCCCCCUGCCUCCAAACUACCCCGGCUCAGGCCAGUCCUUGAUCCAGCUCUACUCCAACAUCAUCCCAGAGGAGAAGGUCAAGAAGAAGAGGAACAGGAAGAAGAAGGGAGACUCGGUCGACGACACAGACUCUGUUAAGACCCCGUCCACUCCCCACUCAGACCGCUGCUCCCCGCUGACACCCUCCCGCGGGUCUGACACCUCAUCCACCCGUAGCCUCAGCAUUCCCUGUGAGCAGGAUCUGUCCGAUCUUUUCCUCCCAGUGGGGUCCUCUGGUUUGGCCCCCUCCACAGAACUGGAGAGGCAGCUCUCAGGCAGCAGCUUAGCCCAGGGUGGCUGCUCCAGCAUGGGCUCUGAGAAUGACCGGGCUCCCCUGUUUGACGAAACCCUCCAAAUCAAGUUGGAGAGCAUAGAGACUGAGUGCAGAAGGGACAAGGCGGCCAACGAGGGGUCGGCCUUGCAGCACGUUCCCCGAGCUGGCGGGACAGUAAAGGUGGAGGAGGGAAGCGAGGGGGGGUUUUCUUCGCCACUCCACGGUGCCAAAGGUGUCGACACAGGGAACGAGCUGCUUAAGCACCUGUUGAAGAACAAGAGCACGCCCCCACCCGGCGCCAAUGCCAACCAGACCUUUCCCACACAGCAGAUAUCCUUUGACAAACUGCGCUCAGAGCAGGAGGACUCAUCAGACCGAAAAGCCACUGCCGGGCCGGCCUUCACCGCCAACAACAUGACUCCCCGGCGCAGUCAGCUGACAGGAAGCACCGAGCUCCUAGAACCCUCGGUGCCGGAACAGGGCAAGAGGAAGCAGCAACGCAACAAACUGAUGCAUAAAAACGGCGUGGAGAAACCACCAUCGCGCUACAAGAGGAGGAAGAAGGAGGAAGAGGAGAAGCCGAUUGGUUAUUCCAGUGCUGACACUCUGAUGACCCAGCUCAAACAGCAGCUUUCCCUGCUGCCCCUGAUAGAGCCCCUGAUGGUGGUGAACUUUGCUCACUUUCCCCCCUUCGGCAGCGGGCAGCUGAACGGGGAGAACUGCCUGUCAGGAUCCUUUGGCAGCGCUUCGUUGGGCGGCGUGUCAGACUACUACUCCCAGCUCAUCUACAAGCGGAACAACUUGAGCAACCCGCCCACCCCUCCAGCAUCACUCCCUUCCACGCCGCCCCCUGUGGCGAGGCAGAAGAUGGUCAACGGGUUCGCCAUGGCCGAGGAUCUUACCAAGAAAGCUGCCAUCUUGGGUGGCCAUGAUGGCCUAAAAGCCAAGCAGCUAUCUACAGCGUUCCGAACAGAAAAAGACCUGCUGGCCCAUGCCAUCACCCAGGGGCCCAAGACGGUGGACGUCCCCGCUUCGCUCCCCACACCACCCCAUAACAACCAGGAGGAACUCAGGAGUCAGGACCACUGUGCGGACAGGGACACCCCUGAUAGCUUCGUCCCCUCCUCGUCCCCCGAGAGUGUGGUCGGCGUGGAGAUCAGCCGCUACCCCGACUUGUCAAAUGUCAAGGAGGAGCCCCCCUCCCCUUGCUCCUCCCCUGUAAUUCCCAUGCUGCCUAGCGCCAGCGGGAAAGGGACUGAGAUUAAGCGAGAGGUCAAGACUGAACCCUCAAGCUCCUUUUUCGGCUCCCAGUUCAGACCGGCUCCCUCCUGCUCCAAAGCUGGCCUGGUAUCCAUAGCUAUCACCUUGAAUCCGGUCGCAGCGGAGAACAUCCCUGGCAUGGUGGCUGCGGUAGCCGACCUGCUGUGUGUGAACAUACCCGUUAGCUACGAGGUGAGCCGCGGCCCCGAGCGUAGCUCCCUGGCCCUGCUGGCUGGAGUCAAGGUGCCUCAGACCCAGGGUGUGGAUCCCCACCACACGGCCAUGUUCCCCCAGCAGCCCCCCGCCAUGAGGUUCCUGAGACCCCCCGGACCGCCCACUCAUCCCGGAAUUAGCCAGCAGCCACCUACCAGCGCUGGUCCGUCUGCCAGGGGAGACGGACCUAAACCCCAGUGGUGCUGGAACUGCAAGGUGCUGGUUCUGGGAAACGGAGUCCGCAAGUCCACCAAAGCCCUACCCUGCAGCAAACGGGAGAGACCGAACCAUGCGGGGAGCAGCAUGGUCUUCUGUAGCCAUAACUGUUUCGUCCUCCACGCCACUGCCACACAAUCCAAAGCCAUGGACAGUAAGCCAAACAUGUCUCCUCUCUUGCCUGAGUCGUCGGUCAAAGAGAGCCCGUCCAAGGUGCUCCACCAGUAUAGUAACAACAUGUCCACACUGGACGUCCACUGCCUGGCCCAGCUGCAGCCCAAACAGUCGCCCCCCUCCAGUCCCCAUCCCAUCUCCUUCCCCUUUGAGAAAACCAAGCCGGACACUCUCAAGGUGACGGUCAAGUUCAAGCAAAGGCCCAGGGCGGUCCACUCAGCCAGCAGAGGAGGUGAUAUGUCGCCGCACCACCACAAGCGCUGGAAGGGCCUGCGUUGGCGCAAGUGGAGCGUACACAUUGUGGUUCCCACUAGGAGAACCCUGCUUUCCUCUCUGCCCGGUGAGGACGAGAUGGACAAGCUGCUGAGGAAGCUGGGAGCCUCUCUGCGUCCUGAUCCCCUUCCCCGCGACCUUCGACGUUGCUGCUUCUGCCACGAGGAGGGUGACGGUGUGACGGACGGGCCCGCCCGGCUCCUCAACCUGGACCUAGACUUGUGGGUGCACCUUAACUGCGCACUGUGGUCAUCGGAGGUAUAUGAGACGCAGGCAGGCGCCCUUAUCAACGUCGAGCUGGCAUUACGGCGGGGCAUGGCGGUGCGCUGCACCUACUGCCAGCAGACGGGCGCCACCAGCCGCUGCCACCGGUUGCGCUGUGCCAAUGCCUACCACUUCACAUGCGCCCUCAAGGCCCAGUGCACCUUCUUCAAGGACAAGACCAUGCUGUGCCACCUGCACCGGCCCCGGGGCAUCGGCAGCGACAGGGCCGUGGCACCCGCCACUAACCACGAGCUGCGCUGCUUUGCAGUGUUCCGCCGUGUCUACGUGCAGCGCGAUGAGGCGCGGCAGAUGGCCAGCAUCAUGCAGCGUGGCGAGCACCGGCACACAUUCCGUGUGGGCAGCCUGGUGUUCCACACCGUGGGUCAGCUGCUUCCCCAGCAGAUGGCCGCCUUCCACUCGGCCAACGCCAUCUUCCCCGUGGGCUACCGGGCCAGCCGCAUCUACUGGAGCACUCGUCACGGCAACCGCCGCUGCCGCUACCUGUGCUUGGUGGAGGAGAACGAGGGCCGGCCGGAGUUUGUGGUGCGGGUGAUGGAACAGGGCUACGAUGACCUGGUGCUCACCGGCGCCUCACCCAAAGCUGUCUGGGACAAGAUUCUGGAGCCUGUGGCUGAGCGGCGUAACGAGUCUGGAACUCUGAAACUGUUCCCUGUCUACCUGAAGGGAGAGGACCUGUUUGGAUUCACUGUCACUGCCGUCACCAGGAUCGUGGAAUCGCUGCCUGGAGUGGAGGCCUGUGAAAGUUACACUUUCCGUUUUGGACGGAACCCUCUGAUGGAUCUCCCCUUGGCCAUCAACCCAACUGGCAGUGCCCGCUCGGAACCCAAGACCUGCACGCAUGUCAAGAGGUUGGUGUUAAGAUCUCACACUUUGUCCAGCACCGGCGGCUCCUCUAAGUCCAUGCAGAUGGUUGGCAGUGUGGGUGUGGUGGAAGCACCAGAAGAGGUGACCCCCAAGCAGUUUGCAUCCGUCCCCUUCCAGUACCGACGCAUGAAGGCAGAGUGGAAGAGCAAUGUGUACCUGGCGCGCUCCCGCAUUCAGGGGUUGGGUCUGUACGCCGCCAGGGACAUAGAGUCCCACACCAUGGUGAUUGAGUACAUCGGCACCCUCAUUCGCAACGAGGUCGCCAACCGGAUGGAGAAGAUGUAUGAAUCCCAGAACCGUGGAGUCUACAUGUUCCGCCUGGACAGUGAGCAUGUCGUCGACGCCACCAUAACAGGCGGACCAGCAAGAUAUAUCAACCACUCCUGUGCCCCGAACUGCAUCACUGAGGCUGUGAGCUUGGAGAGAGGUGUUAAGAUCGUCAUCAGCUCCUGCCGUAAUAUCCAGAGAGGAGAGGAGCUGUGUUACGACUACAAAUUUGACCUGGAGGACGACCAGCAUAAGAUCCCUUGCCACUGUGGUGCAGUUAACUGUCGGAAAUGGAUGAACUAGAACAGAGUUGCGGCAAAAGACGGGCAACGACACUUUAAAAUUACACACACGUGCAUUCCUUAUAGGCUUGUUGGUUGAUACGCUGUUACUUUUAAAAAAAUAAUCGGGGGGAAAAGACUGACCGCAGAACUGUUAGAGGAAUCAAAAGGCAGAAAGAAUAUUUUUAUAAAGGCAGUGAGCUCUUUCACUCAGCAAAAAAAGAGUAGAGAUGGAUUUUUGUUAAUAUUAAAAACGUGUGAGAGGGAAAUGGGUUAGGGGAUUGGGGCUGGGGUAGAAUUCACCAGUUGACCAGGAGAGUUUUGUGCUGGCCACCGCCUUAUUUAGUUAGAGAGGCAGGUCCUCCGGAUUAAGAAAUAUAUAGUUACAGAAAUGUAGACGCCACUGAACAAGGAAUGUACAGAGAGGACUUCCUUAGGGACAAAGCUAAGGGAUUAUUAACUUGCACUAAAAACAAAAAAUUAGUUAAAUACUUGAUUCCAUGAGUCAGUUUGUUUUUGAUUUAUGUAAAAUAAGAGAUUUUUUUUCGUAUUUAUUAUCAAAUGAAGUUAUUUUUUUAAAUGAGGAGAAAAAGUCACCGGCAAACUGCAGCCCAGUCUAAUCAGAACGUGUUACUAUAUACAAUGUGUAAAUAUCUGUAAAAAAAUAUGAAAUUAAGUAAAUAAUCAGCCAAAUGCUAAAUAAGCUUCAUGGCUGUUUGGAUGAUUCUUUAGUUGUUUUUUUCAACAAAAAAAGUAUUGAAGAAGGAUAUCAUUGUGUAAAAGUAUUUUUGUUUUAUUUAGAAUGUAGUUGCGUUGUCUAAAAUUAUGACCACUUGAAGAAUGUUUUCUGUUUCUUUAAUUUGACAACAAUUUAUUUGCAUUGACAUGCGCAAUCUAAGAAUUGCACAGAGCACCAAUCAGAGACUGUUACAUCGUAACCCUUAGUUAAAUCAGAUUUGAACGUAUAAUUAGAGAACUGAAUUUAGGUUGGAAACCACCCACACCAUCGGUUGGCUUCUUUAACCGUAUCAUACGCACAGUAUUCUGAUUUACCUCAUGCAGUUAAUUAACAGACAUGUUUAAAAAAUGUCUUUCACUUACCAUUUGCAGGAGACUCCAUUAUGCUUUUGACAAUUUGUUUACAUUUCUUUUGAAGAAGAAACGUGCUGGCUAGUUGAGAAAAAAAAUUGUAUGAUUUACUUCUUGACUCAAUCACAAAAGUCAAUCUGGUACUAGCAUUUUUCUGACCAGUAUGAAAUGAAGUUAUUUGUGUGCACAAAAGUCGGUAUAAACAGUACAUGGCAUGUAUGUUUUCAAAUUGUACAUAAUUUCCCCUCGUACAAUAUUCAGACCUCUUAACAGUAUGUCUUUUCUUUGUCCUGUAUAGUAGUAUCUAAUGUAAGAAAAAAAUGGAAGGCUUUUUAAAGUAUACAGAGUGUGAUGGGUUGUGGAAUCAGAUAAUUUACAAAAAAUAAAAUAUUUUACAUCUGAAA